AUGUCCCAAGGGCUUGUAGACAAUGCUCGUGAAUUAGGUCUAUCUGGUGGUGACUCUGGCGCACAGUAUUUUGAUACUUCAGAAGAAAAAAUGCGCAAUAUCAAGCGACAACUCGAUUCCAAAAAUGAUAGAGAAAAAUUAGACGGCUUAAAGCGACUCAUUGCUAUGAUUUCCAAAGGAAGAGACGUUUCAGAGUUUUUUCCCGAUGUCGUCAAGAAUGUCGUAUCACAAAAUAUUGAAGUACGUAAAUUGGUCUACAUUUACUUGCUACGAUAUGCAGAGCAAGAGCCAGAUUUAGCUUUACUAUCUAUCAACUCAUUUCAAAAAGACCUCAGCGACAAGAACCAGAUUAUUAGAGCAAUGGCCCUUCGCGUAAUGAGCGGAAUUCGUGUACCGGUUAUCAGCCCUAUUGUUCUCUUGGGCAUAAAAAAAUGUAUUUCUGAUCCAAGUCCCUAUGUGAGAAAGACAGCUGCCCAUGCUAUUCCAAAAUGUUAUAGUCUUGAUCCCUCGCAAAAAGAUGCACUUGUAGAUAUCAUCGCAUCAUUAUUAAAAGAUAGAUCAAGUAUUGUUAUUGGAAGCACCAUCAUGGCAUUUAACGAAGUUUGUCCGACGCGAUAUGAUUUAAUUCAUCCUUGCUUCAGAAGAUUAUGCUCCAUGUUGAUCGACUGUGACGAAUGGGGGCAGAUGUCAAUACUUAAUGUGCUGUUGAGAUAUGGUAGAACUCAGUUUUUGAACCCCAACCCUCAUGGCGAGGAUGAGUCACGAAGUGCACCAAAGAAGAAAACGAUUCAACCUAGCAAGUCAUUUUAUUCAGAUUCUUCAGAUUCGGAUGAACUAGAGGCAGAUGAUAUACUUGAGAUGGAUGUUGAUCAUGAAUUAUUGUUAAAGAGCUGUAUACCUUUAUUACAAAGUAGAAAUAGUGGUGUCGUUUUGGCAGUGGCAAAGCUAUUUUACUAUUUAGCCCCUGCAUCAGAUGCCAGCAAGGUCACAAAGCCUCUCGUUCGAUUAUUAAGAACGCACCGUGAGCAGGGCUACGUUGUGCUAACAAAUAUUGCUACCAUGGCCCUGAAAAGACCAUAUCUCUUUGAACCUCACCUUCAACAUUUUUAUGCGCAAUCCACUGAACCUGUCUUUAUUCGAGAUACCAAGCUUGAUAUUUUAACAACAAUUGCUACUGAAGCAAACAUACACACUUUACUGAAUGAAUUCCAGCAAUAUAUAAAAAGUUCCAACAAAGAUUUUGUAGCAGCAGCGAUUCAGGCUAUUGCUCGAUGUGCAACAACUGUUCCUGCAGCAGCAGAUCAAUGCAUUCGUUUGUUGAUGAAGCUUCUUCAUAGCAAAAAUGAAUUGGUGAUUGCAGAAUCAGUACUCGUUCUCACUCGUUUACUGCAAGUUCCAAAUGAAGAGCGAUCAAAGUCAGUUAUUGCACUUGUCAAGCUAUUAGAUAGUAUACAUGUACCCAAGGCUAGAGCAAACAUCAUCUGGCUUGUUGGACAAUACGCAGAGAUUCUGCCCAAGGUCGGCCCUGACGUACUACGUCAGGCUGUUAAAGGAUUCGCUAAAGAAGAAAAUGUGACAAAACUUCAGAUACUCACUCUGUCUGCAAAAUUGAUAUGCUUAAACCCAGAACAUCCUACUUUGAUCUUAUUGAAUCAGUAUUUACUUGGCUUGGCAAGAUAUGACACAGAUUAUGAUGUGAGAGAUAGAGCGAGAUUCAUACGGGCAUUGACCGUACCUCAAUCAUCUGGCGAUAAACCGGGACUGGUUGUAUUGAAACAACAUUUGAAGGAUAUUUUGCUGUCAAACAAGGAAUCACCCAUCAUCGAAAGCGAUACAAAGGAUGCUUCUGAUUAUAUGAUUGGGUCCCUUUCUCUUUUGGCGCGCCAACCACUUCCUGGGUAUGAACCGUUACCUGACUUUCCUGAGGAGCAACCAGAUUCUAGUGUGCGUGACAAUGAUGAAUUGGAAGGAUGGAGUGGUAGUCGCACGACUAUUAUGGAAACAGGCUUUGGAAACGAUAGCUUUGAAUACCGAAGCAGGCCGUCUACAGCAUUAUCUGGAAUAGAAGCCUUAGGCAGCUCAUCCAUGUAUCCAGUGGCAGCAAAAAAGAAGGGCAAUGAAUACGAUUUGGAUGCAUUUUAUGAUGAGGCAAGUGAGGAAGAAGAAUCUUCAAAUGAAGAGUCGUCAUCAGAGGAUGACACUGAAGAUGAUACAGAAGAUGGUACAGAAGAAAGUGAAGAGGAAGAAACAGAGUCAGAGGAAGAAGAAGAAUCUUCAGAAGAAGAAGAGGAAAUACUUCAUCAUCAAAAGAAACGAUUCUAA